AUGGUGGCCACUGGGCAGACCAGACCUCAUUCACUCCAAUGCCUCGCUCUCCUUGCUUCCUCUGCAACCAUGUCUGACAAACCGGGCAUGUCUGAGAUUAAGAAGUUCGAUAAGUCAAAAUUAAAGAAGACAGAAACACAAGAGAAAAAUUCACUGCUUUCAAGAGAGACAACUGAACAGGAGAAGCAAGCAGGCGAAUCAUAA